AUGGCAACCUUGUCAGUGGUGUGGAUCCCCGUGCUGUCCCUGCUGCAGCUAGCCCACUGUGCUGUCACCUUCAGGCACUCUCCAGGAAAGGCAGUGUUGUUGGACGAGCAGUCAGCGACCUCCUUCCUGUCCCGCUCACUGCUAUAUAACAGCUGGGACUUUGAGCUGUUGAUGUCAGACAAUCUAGAGAGGGAAUGUCAGGAGGAGAUGUGCAGCCAUGAGGAGGCCAGAGAGGUGUUUGAAGAUGACACUCAGACGGAAUUAUUUUGGACCAACUAUGUCAACAGUCAAGGGUAUGCACCCAGAGUGGAUGUGUCAGUGCUGGUGGCAGGGAUCCUGGCGGUCCUAGCUUCUGCUGUUAUUGCCACUGUGCUGGGAAUCUACUGCUACAAAGCCAAGAAGAAGGGUGGGCGGAGGUCAGCCCAAGCUCCAGUUAGGAUGGCAGCAGAUGGGCGCCCAGCCCAAGAGACAGUUCCCCUGGGUGGGAUCACUGCUCCAGGUCUACCCAGCUACAAUGAGGCUCUGAACCACAGUGGGCAGCACGAUGCCCCACCACCACCUUAUUCAGGGGGAGCGCCAUCUGAGCCCGCUGAUCCUGGAGACAAUGAAUGAGAGGGCUAGCAGAGCCUCUUCAAUAUGGCUGUUGGGAACUGGUGGUUUGAGUCAACUUU